GCUUCCGGUUCUGUUGGAAAAGCUGAAGUCUGGCGGAGGAAAACAUCGUCUGUUUUACCGCGUUUUUUAAUAUAAGUGUGGGGAGAGGUCGUCGUCGUUUUUUGUUGUUUGAGGCCAAGAGCUGCUGGCAGGGUUGCCAACUUUUGAAGUGGCUUUUGUAGCUGUGCUGUUCACGGCCAUUUGAUCUGCAGCCAUAGUCAGGAAGGAAAGAGUUGCUGGCUUCUUCCAGGAUCAUCCACCUAAAUCUACAUGACGCGUCAUGGCAAGAACUGCACAGCGGGAGCUGUCUACACCUACCAUGAAAAGAAAAAAGACACCGCUGCCUCUGGAUACGGGACCCAGAAUGUCCGCCUGAGCAAAGAUGCCGUCAAGGACUUUGACUGCUGCUGCCUCUCCCUGCAGCCCUGCAAGGACCCUGUUGUGACCCCUGAUGGAUACCUGUAUGAGAAAGAAGCCAUCCUAGAGUACAUCCUGCACCAGAAAAGGGAGAUUGCCCGGCAAAUGAAGGCCUAUGAAAAGCAGAAGAAUGAGAAGAAGACAGAGAUGGCAGAGCUGAGCAAGGCUGCCAAGGAGUCCAAGGUGAAGAGUUUCCUAGACAAAGAGCUGAGCAUUGUGAGCAAACCCCUCAACCCCUUUGAUCGCAAGGCAGAGGACUCACAGCCUGGGCCCAGCAAUGAAGAGAAAGCGAAACAGCUGCCCAGCUUUUGGAUCCCAUCGCUGACCCCUGAAGCCAAGACCAAAGUCAUUCAGAAGCCAGACAAGUGCGUCUACUGUCCCAUGAGUAGGAGACCCCUGAAGCUGAAGGACCUGAUCCCAGUGCACUUCACCCCCGUGGAUGUCAGUGUGGAUCGUGUAGGCCUGAUCAACCGGCAGGACCGUUACGUCUGUGCCGUCACGCGAGACAUGCUUGGCAACUCUGUCCCUUGUGCCGUGCUGCGUCCUUCGGGCUCUGUGGUGACUCUGGAGUGUGUGGAGAAACUCAUCAAGAAGGACAUGGUUGAUCCAGUGAAUGGGGAGAAGCUGACAGACAAGGAUAUCAUUGUUCUCCAGCGGGGUGGCACAGGAUUUGCAGGGUCAGGCGUGGAGCUGGAGGCCAAGAAGUCCCGCCCUGUUAUGCAAGCGUAACACGUUCAGACGACUGUCCGGGCAGAGAAGAGGAACAGCCGCUUUGCCACUCUGGGUUGGCUACAAGGCGCAAUCCUAAAACAGCACAUACUGCAUAUGGAUUGAGAGAGGCGGCGAAAGGCUUCUGUAACUUUGUAAAUAAAAGCGGUUGUGGGGUUUUUUUUGCUUAAUCGGUGUGGAAGCGCAAAUGUUUGGUUUUCCGUUGGGAAGUGGUUCAUUAAUAGCUUCUGUUCAGGAGAGUUCCCUUGACUACACUUCGCCAUUCUCCUGUAUCAGGGGGUUUGAACCUCUUUCAGAAGCUCUGAGGCUGCAUUCCACUGGGUGGGUGG